GAAAGGGGGAGAGAGACAGAGCUGCGCUGGCUGCCUCCAGGAUCCUCUCCCAGCCUCAAGCAGCUGAGAUGGGAACAGCCCUCGCUGUUUCCAGGGCAGCCUUUCGACUGACACUACAAAGAUACAAAAUUCACUCCUGAAGGACGAGGAGCAGAGGGGGGUCUGCAGCUCCCGCCUCCUUGCACCCAGGCUCUCGCUAGGAAUUUCAGGGGUAGCCCUGAUGCCAGGCUGACACUCCCCAUACUGUUGUUUUUAUCUUUAGUAUUUUCCUCUUCUCCUUUUUUUCCUUCCCCUGCCCCCCACCCCACCCUAAGCCCUUGGCUCAGCCAGUGGCUCGUUCUAGUUGUGGGGUUUGCUGGGGGGGGGGCUGUUUAAUGAGGAGGGGGUGACUCGUCUUUUCCCGCAGGCUGACGGAGUGAUACAGCUUGUGUCCUAGCAUCUGGCUGGGAAUUUUUGAACACCCUCCUUGCUGCGUCUCCGGAGGAGAGGGGCUUUUCUCCCCCAAGGAGGCGGGCAAGGCGCUAACCAGCCUCCAUCCCCAUUGACGAGGCGACCGCGAUGGCAAGCGGGAGUGGCGCACGGAUGGAACGAGGUUACGUCUUCGGAUUCUGUUGCCUGGUUCUGUUGGACCCAGGGCGGGUUUGGACCAGGGCUCCCAGCACCCAGGAUCCUGAGCUGGAGGGGCAGGUGGAGAGUCAUGGUAACACCAGCUGGGCUCCCACCUUGGAGGACACAGUGGUGGCCCCCACUGAGGCUGUGCCAGGUGGCGACCGGUGCCGUGGUUACUACGAUGUCAUGGGGCAAUGGGACCCUCCAUUCAAUUGCAACUCAGGGAUCUACCGGUACUGCUGUGGGACCUGCGGUUACCGCUUCUGCUGCCAGUUCAACCAUGGGCGGCUGGACCAAAGUGGAUGCUCCAAUUACGACACCCCAAACUGGGUCAACACAGGCCAGCCGCCGGCCCGGGUGGAUGAGACUCCCGAGGAUCCUACCCGAGACAAGACCAACAUGAUUGUAUAUAUCAUCUGUGGCGUGGUGGCCAUCAUGGUGCUGGUGGGCAUCUUCACCAAGCUGGGCCUGGAGAAAUCACGGAGCCGCCCAACGGAGAUGACCAUGUCCAGAACGCUCACAGACUUACUGAAGCAGCCGGGCCACGGCCCCUCUGACCACAUGACUGACGGCCACAUGGGAAGCAUCCAGGUCCAGAUGGGUGACGGGCUUGCCCGGAGCUCCCCCAGAAAUGGCACAGACAAUAUGCACUUGAAUAACGCUGUGGUCAGCACCCCUAUCGCCCCCCAGAUGGGGCUGCCACAUGCCCACAGCAACCGGCUGCAGAUGACGAACACCAUGCCCCAUCAAGCUCCGGACUACGCCAAGUAUGCCACGCUCAAGGCCGUAGAGAGCGCACCGGAAGAAUUCUACAAGCGGUUUCCCAUGGUAGACAUGCCUCCGCCUGGUCCUCUGUCCUUCCCACCCAUGGGGCUGCAUCAGAAAGACAUGCCUCCCCUGCACGACAGCUGUGCCUUGGUUGGCUUGGCUACACCCGGGCAGAAGGCCAAAGUGGUGAAAACCAACACCCACCCACUGGUGGCCAGCCCUGCCUUCAAGGGAGGCUGGGACCCCAGCCAUCACCAUCCCCCUGAUGUCCGCCGACAGAUCUAUGCCAACAAGCGCCAGUUCAGCGUCGAGAAGCUGCCGGAGGUCUUCAGCCAGACGCCCACCCACUAUGUCCAGCCCUCGCGGCCCUUCUCCACCAAUAGCAAGACUGAGGUCACUGUCUAAAAAGAACCUUCAUCUUUUCUUUUUAUGUCCCAGCAGCCUCUGGGGCUAACUGUCUUGCCAGUCCAGACCACCUGCUAGAGAAGUACUAGAGGUGCUUCCCCAUUAUAGCUGGUGGCACUAGGGUGGGUGUCAGGAGGGGCGAGGAAGGUGGGGGAAUACCCACCAGCACAGGUGCCCACACCUCCUGAGAGUACGCGGAUAACGUGCAUGGUGAAACAGGCAUGCAUGUUGCCCUGUGAUUGAUGCACGGCUGUUGUUUCCAGUUCACCUGUCCAUCACAUCACACUUGUACCAGAACGGUCAAUGUUGACGGGAGCCGGGGGACUCACGUCUGAGCCCAGCUGGCGAGGGGGAAGGCACCCCCCCCCCCACCCCGCGGGGAAGGACAACAGGUGGGAGAUGUGAGACAAGCAAUUGCAAUAGCCAUUAAGGUCCAUUGGGUUAGCACAUGUAACCCGUCCCCUCCCUCUGCCCCUCCACGUGGGUUUUAAACAAGGGCACACAACCACCAGUCAUGCCAGUAUAAACAAACUGUACAAAAGGGCAGCUGGCAAGGGCUCACAAGGAGUUUUACGUUUCCCUUCACUGCCAGCUCAGCUCGCUCCCCUGCACACGCUAGGCACCAGCGCUGCGUGGGGUUGGGGAUUUUUCUUACACCCAUUUUUGAAUGUUUCGAAUGAUGGCCUGGCUGACCUUGCAGUUCUUGUUGCAUUUAGCUCCCGCGGGCCAGGGCUGUGGGUCAGUAGGUGUAUGCAGGGCUGCCCCUGCUGGCUGCAGAGUAGCAAAAUAUAGGUCCUACCUAAACAGUGACUGCUGGCUGAGGUUGGGGGCAGGCUGAUUAUUAUUUUUAGUUUCUGUGGGACAUUUCUGCCAGCAGGGGCAAGGCUGAGCACUGGCUUUGGCAGUCAGGCAGGGGCUGAUGGGGGCCCGGUGGUUUAAAGGGGUGCAAAGCUGUCUCAGUGGGUAGGCUCUAUGGCCUGGCUGCAUCACAUUUUCCAUGGAGCCUUUCUGGCUGCAGCUACUGCCCAGCACCAGGCCCUGACGGUCACUCCUGCCAGGUUACAGCCCAGCAGAGAGUGUGGGGCUUGGGGUGGAGUUAGGGUGACCAGACGUCCCGAUAUCCACCGGCAGC